CUGUGGGGGGGCUGCGGGGACACCAGGCAGGCAUGGUUGGUUAUGACCCUGAGGCCAAGUGCGUCUCCACGGCGGAAGCGGCUGCAGCAGGAUCAGCAUCGGGCUUGGUCACUCGGGUCCUUGUCAGCCCCUUGGAUGUCGUCAAGAUCCGCUUUCAGCUUCAGAUAGAGCAGCUCUCCUCCAGAAAUCCAGGGGCUAAGUAUCAUGGCAUCUUGCAAGCCGUACAGCGCAUCUUCCAGGAAGAAGGGUUUGUAGCCUUCUGGAAGGGCCACGUUCCUGCUCAGUUCCUUUCUGUUGGCUACGGAGCUGUUCAGUUCAUGGCGUUUGAAAGCUUGACAAAACUGGUGCACAACGUCACUUCAUACAAUGCCCGCGAUUCCUUUGUGCACUUCGUCUGCGGUGGACUGGCUGCUUGCACUGCCACUGUUGCAGUUCAACCUGUUGACACACUACGUACCCGCUUUGCUGCUCAGGGUGAGCCUAAGAUCUAUCGUAACCUUCGCCAUGCAGUGAUGACCAUGUACCAGACAGAAGGGCCUCGGACUUUCUAUAGAGGUUUGACCCCCACAAUCAUUGCUAUCUUUCCAUAUGCUGGGCUCCAGUUCUCCUUCUACAACAUCCUGCAACAGUUUUCUGAAUGGGUGAUUCCAGCUGAAGGAAAGAAAGGAGGCAAUGUUAAAAACCUUGUUUGUGGCAGCUGCGCCGGAAUCAUCAGCAAAACCCUCACUUACCCUUUUGACCUGUUCAAAAAACGACUGCAAGUGGGUGGCUUUGAGCAUGCCCGGAGAGCCUUUGGGCAGGUACGGAUGUAUAGGGGUCUUCUGGACUGCAUAAGGCAGAUCAUGCGAGAGGAGGGCCCAGGUGGAUUCUUUAAGGGCCUUUCACCCAGCUUGCUGAAGGCUGCUGUCUCUACUGGCUUUGUCUUCUUUUGGUAUGAGCUGUUCUGCAGCCUCCUGUGUGCCCUGAAGAACACCGAUAGCACGAUGAGGAAGGAAGGCUGAAAGGGGCAUGUACGUGGCUACCUGGUGUUCUCCUGGAGGAGGGGAAACCAAUGGCUUUGCUCUGUUGUGAGCAUGUUGGAAAUGUCAGAGCUCCGCCAGCCUUGUAGGAAAUCACCUCCUGAGACCAAGCAGAAGGAGAAGGAGACUGCAGUUCUGCUGAAGACACUGAACUGCUUUGCUGGAAGCUGUUCAACUGAGCACUUUUUUUAACUCUGUCUCCUAUAAUAUCAGUGUGUGUUUAGUGGGGGCAGAGGGGAACCAAGCGGACUGUGCUCUGAAAAGGCACCUGAUACAGUGGGUGAAUUCCUGUGCUUGCCCUGGAUCACAGAGAGGGAUCCUGGCCUAGCUAGUGCUGCUUAACCAACAUAAUGGCACUUCUAUCACUGCAUCCACACAGCUUUAUUUCCUUGCUCUAUGGUCUGCUGCUUGCACCAUAUUAUUUUCUCUGUGUUGCACAGGUAGUUCUGUCCUGCUGUUGUGAAGUCAGUUAAAACCUCUUCAGUGCGCACAGAACCUCAGUUUUCCUUUUCUUCAAUGCCAGCUGCUGCUUCUUGGUUACCACUGGCUGGCUGCACGUUCUCAGCCACCUUAAGCACAGAAUCUUCUACUGGAUCAUACUGACCCAAACUUUCUCUUUCUUCAGCUCUGGUGAGCUUGAUUGUAUCCUAAGUGCUCAUUUCUCUUCCUGCGUGUCUUGCCAUACAUCUCUUAGGAUUUUGCAUUGCCUCAGUCACGCUUUUUACAAGUAGACCUGCAGAUUAAGAACCCCGCUCAAUAGGGAUUCAACGCACAAGCCUAAUUCUUACUUCAGGGUUCUUUGCUUCAGUGCAGUGAGUAAGCAAAUGCUGUACAGAGUUUUAGAAAUAUUUAGUCUAAGUUGGAAUAAUGAAGGAAAAGUCCUGUGGAAACUAGUAAUUUUAUUUAUUUUUUUUAAAUCCUACCUUUCUAUAUAUCUAGCAAGUAUGUCUGUAAUGGCCUCAAAACAUUUCUGAACCUCAGUCCUACAGUGGUGCUAACAAAUGAAAAUGUUUUGACAAGAUUAGCUGAAGUAAGAGGACUGAAUGUCAAACCAGAAUUGGUUGGCUUAGCAUGGUGUUUGACAAGAAAAGGAUGAUUAAAUUAGAGCCGGAGAAGUGUUUUUCUGGAGUUUCAGGGGGUUUGUGAAUGGUUUAAAAAAAAAACAAAACAAAACAACAAAAACUUGGAUUUACCUAAUAGGGAAAAAGAGGAAAAUUACUUUCUUCCUUAUCUUUUAUUCUCUGUUUUUUCAAGCUUGAGCAGGGUGCGGCUGGAUCAAUGCAUGGAAGGCAGGCUUCCAGGGAAGAGCCUCUGUGACACAAAAGCCUGUUAGUCGUCUGGGAAGUGGUGGAUGAGGCAGAGCACUGCAGUUAUGUAGAGGAUGGUUUGAUGGCUCUUCUCUUAAUGCAGAGCUUUUCGUGGCUCUUUUGCAAUAUUCAGGGUGUUAAUCCCAAAUGGCCUGGCCAAAUUCCAGCGUGACCAAUUCCAUUCUGCUGACACAACUUCUGGUGAUUUUGAGUGUAUCAGUGUUGCUCGCUUAUCCUGAACUAUUGUGAGAGGCUGUUUUUUAAAAAGCAGCUGUUUCACUGGUGGCUGAGAGAUCUAGAGAGAGAUCUUGCAAGCCCAGGCCAAAUAACUUUGUGUCUGUUGUGGUUUGAGUGCAAAGUGGCUGUUUCACUGCAGGUGACUUUGAGAGCUACAUAAAGUUAAAUUCACUGAGCAGUGUCAGGUGUGAGGCUAAUAUAUAUGAGCCUCGAAGAGAGCGUGUUAGCUGCAUGUACUCUAAAAAUGAGCAGUUUUGCUUAGAGGAGAAAAAGCAGAGAAUGUAGAGUUAAGUUUCUCAAAGUGCCUCAAUCCUAUUGGCGUUUUCCUGUGUUAUUUAGACUCUUCUGAGAUUCGUCCAAAACCUUCUUAACAAUAUUUUGCCUUUGUUUAUUGUUCAUCUGUUGUUCUUGGAAAGACAUCAUAACCAGUAAUGAACUUAACCUCAUGGCAUCCUUCUGAGGGAGAGAGAUGUCUCGUUUUGAAACAGGUUGGGAUUGUUACUGUCUUUUGGCUGCUGGUAGAGCAGAAUGCCGUCAUGGUUAGCAGGGACAGGACUGGCCACAGUAGAAAAUUUUCUGUGCUGACUUAGGCUUCCAUAGGAAAUGGGGACUCAUCCAUUCUGUCUAAAUAUUACAAGACUCUUGUUUCUGAUUUUAUGUCAAAGAGCUGCUGCUAAACUGCACAGAAUAGAGGGGAAAAUGGUUAGGAACUUGGCAGUGGGAGUUGCAGCCUCAGAAACAGAGGGUGAGUUGCUAUGGUUGUCACAGGGGCAAAGAAUAAAGAACAGAAAACUGUGUGAAAAUUGAAAGACAAUGUUCCUCAAGUGUGCUGUGGAGCUUGAGGUGAUGCAGGCAAACAGCUUUAGAGGCCUGCAAUUUGGCUGCUCUGCAGAGAGGGCAGCAAUGGAGAGUACAGAGCAGCUCCUCCACUCUGGGAUGGUUUUUUUUCUCCACUCUGCAUUAAAUAAGCUUGCCUCCAUCCAACAGAUGGCAAAGUCAGAGUUUGUCAUGCCAGUCUGGCCCAGGCUGUGGAAGAGGCAUUCCUUGGUCUGAGGGCUUUGGCACACAGCCUGGUUUAUAGAUCCCUUUGCGCUGUUAGUCAGAAAUGUUACAGGCCUGUAAAGGCAGCUGGUUGUCUAGUGAGUGGAGGAGAAAGGAGUGACAACCACAACUAUAUGAUAUUAGAAGUUGCACCUAAGAGUCACUUCAUCACUCGCCUCUGGUCAGCAGCAUCUGUCUCAUAAAUUUCUGAUGUGCGCUUUGCUAACUGGGAGUCGCUGCUGGGGAAAGGACUGUAACAGGAAUAUUGUUUGCUUUUGGGGAAUGAGACUGGUUUUAGGGCAAAGUGCUAGGAGGACAGGUUUUGUUUCUGAUGCUGCUUUGGCAAAGCACAUGGCAUUUGAAGCUAAAUGUCCUAGAAUUAGAGGAGUGGGAGAUGGGAGAGACCUCUAGUCACCUUGUUCUCCCAUAUGCUGGGACAGAUUUGCUCUCAAAAACUGUGUGCACCAGUUUGGUUUCAAGUGACUCAACGCAGCGAGUGACUUGCUGUGAGACUGCGCCAGAGUUUGCCUAUUGGGAUGGCCGGAAUUUCUCUCUGACGUAAUCCUAUCAGCGGGGGUUUGCAUUGCCUGAAGUUCACCUCACAAGCUGCUCAGCAAUUGCGUUUGUUUUCUUCUAGUGCCUUUUAACAUCAGAAUGUCCAAAAGCACUUUAGCAGGCAAAGCAUUCAAGAUGAGUUGUGCCGUGGUUGGUAGGGGAUCCACCAUUGCUCUUAGCUGGCCUUGGACAGGGGAGCGUUGACGCCCACAGGCUGUUCCCUGCAGCGCCGGCUGGCUCACCGAGUUCCUAGGACAGUCCUAUUCUCAGGACGCUCAUCCAGAGCUGCACAGCAUCGUUUUUGGAAAGAAAUGACUGUUUCACAGUCGGGCUUGGAAUAGAUUGUAUUUAAUUUGGGUUUCUCUUGUGAUGUGGAACUGUAAUUCUGUGUGGCAUUUUGCUGUGUUGCCUGGGUGGAUUUUCUGCAGCUGCUGUUGUCUGAAAGCAUCUGAGCACAAUGCGCACAACGCGUGGCCUACCUUUGAAAAAAGGUACAUUAAAUAUUUUGUUAUGCUCAUGUCUGGCUGCACUUUCUUUAUUCCUUUCCUCUUGGUGUGUAUGCUCAGCUGGACCCCGCAGGGCCGCCGUUACCCUCCUGCUGCCCAAAAGGGAGGAUAACCAGAGCGUGGAGCAUGGGGCAGCAGGAGCCACCUGAUUUUUCCCUUCCCAUCGCUGGCUCCUGGGUGUGCUCCUCAGCAGCAGGUAGAACUGUCCCAUCCCCUCGGUGAUAUGGGUUGAUGCUUUGGGUAUGGCUGUUGAGAAUCGCGGUAUGGGGGAUCGGCUGAGGGGGGUUGUGCAGCCCAGUCCCACGGCUGUGU